GCCGAAAAGUUGUAUUUUUACAAAACGUUUACUUUUUUAAGUUAAUUCAACCAAUCGAUUCGGUAACACUUGCUGCCGUACCACGAGAGCCGCACGCACACAGUCUUGCUGCUUACUGACAUUUCUGACAGCUCGCAGAAAAGAAGAUGAAAUCUUCGAACAUAUUUUUGUGAUAAUUUUUGUAGGAAUUUUUUGGUUAAACUACUGAAAUUUUUAUAACAAAUCAACAAGUACAUGUGUAAUUUCCACCGGCAAGUGUUAACUACUUGCCCAAGUUUACGAGGUACAGCAGCGAAACGUAAUUGAAAAACAGGCGGUGCAAGACGGUCCCAGAGUGCUGUGAGCUAAAAGAGAGUGGUGUGUUGCGUGCUGUGUGCCGACUUUGCAUGCGGCUGCUGCCAGAAGAAUCUCAAGCGCGGGCAGCUGUCAAACGGGAGCAGAAAAUUCUCGCAAAAAUUGUGGCUGAAAGAACGGCAUGCACCUGCGACAACCAACAGCACCAAAGUGUAUAAGAAUUGAAGGCUCCAAUUUGGAUUACGCGAUUUCCCGGUAGUUAGCUGCAUUGCAGCAGCGCCAUUUUCUGUUAACAUUUGCCAGCAUAAUAUUGUAUGUCUGAUUGGAAAUUAUACUCUCCGCGAUAACACCAUCAACUGUCCGUCAAAACUGCCGCCACAAUUGUCGCCAUCAUGGAUGUGUAUGAUGUUAGCGACGAUCUUGUCAAGAAGCUGAAUGAUUGGAAGCUAAUUGGCAUCAUAUCAGGCAAAUUUAAUGAACUGAAAGAGAAUUAUUCCAAAGUUAACUUUGUAGAACAUGUACUGAUCGACUUUAAGUACAUUGACAAAAUUUUAUUAAAUGGAAAAUUGCGCGAGGAAAAGUGCAAUAAGAAGAGCUCUGAUUUUCGAAUGUUAGGCAAUGAGCAGUUCUCGCUUAAAAACCGCAAAUAUUUUCAAGCUCUGGAGCUAUACAAUAAAAGCAUUUGCUAUUCGGAGCCUGGUUCCGAGAAUCUCUCCAUAGGAUACGCCAAUCGUUCAGCGGUGCUCUUCGAAUGGAAACGCUUUCGUGAAUGUCUGGUCAAUAUCGAAUUAGCACGCAAAGCUAGCUAUCCGGCGCGUCUAAUGCAUAAAUUGGAUAAGCGCGAGAAGGACUGCCGUCAAAUGCUAGCCACACAACCACCCGAUGUGCAGCCAUUCGAUUUUCAAAUGUCCUUCGAACCACACCCACAAGUACCCAAUAUUGCUGAUUGUCUCGAAUUGCACUAUACUGAGGAGGAGGGUCGCUUCAUCUCCACAAAACGUGAAUUGGUUGUCGGCGAUCUUAUUGCCACCGAAGAACCAUUUUGCUCGACACUCUUGCCACCGAUGCGUUACAUACGAUGUGCCACCUGCAAAGUGGAAAAUUACUUAUCGUUAAUACCCUGUGAGAGUUGUUGCUCUGUAAUGUUCUGUUCGGAAGAUUGUCGCGAUCGUGCUGUCGCAACUUUCCACAAAUAUGAAUGUCCUAUUAUUGACUUACUGCAUAAAAUGUUCAACAAAAUUCACGGCAUUGCGUUGCGUGUCUGCCUAUCGGCAAUCGAGCACUUCCCCACCAUCGAAGAGUUGAUGGCUUUCUGCGAGGAACCGGAAAAUCAAAAUAAGUCUGCGUUCGACUUGGACUAUACGAAUUUUACGCCACGCGAGCACUAUCGUGCCAUACACGGUCUAGUAACGAAUCAGCAUUUGCGUUCCGUAUCAGAUCUGUUUCAACGUUCCGUCGUAUGCGCUGUACUGAAGCACUUUGUUAUCGAGCAUACCCCAUUGAAAGAGUUUCUCGGCGGUGAGGAGGGUGAGAAUUUCUUUACCGAAUUACUAUUCCGACAUCUGCAGACAUCACCAUCCAACAUGCACGGCAUUGAUUUGGUGGAGCAAGUGAACGAGACAAAAGACGAUACAACACAUUCGUCUGGCGCAUUCGCCUUUCUAUCGCUACUAAAUCAUUCGUGUGCGCCAAAUACACUGCGUGUGUACCAGGGCACAAAGGCAUAUCUGUUCGUCUUCCGUCCAAUACCUGCCGGCGGCAUGCUGUACGACACAUAUGGCGCACAUUUCGCAAUUUUCACAAAAGCGCAGCGCAUCGAAACACUAUCUAUGCAGUAUCGUUUCACCUGUAAAUGCGAAGCCUGCGAGAAUGACUAUCCCAACUAUAGCAAACUACAACCAAAACUGUUCGUACCCUUUGUGAAUGACGAGACGGACAUGAAGAGUCUGGUCAAAUAUGAUUAUGAUUUUGCAUUGGAGAAUUAUCGUAAAUACUGUGAAUUCCUGACGCAACAUGCGAACGCCUAUCCCUGCGCCCAAAUUAGCUCGGCCGAAGAGUGCUUGAAAAUGGCGCUGCACAUACUCGUCGACGCGGUGCCGCUAAAAGCUAAAAUGUAAAAUGCUAAUUGCCACCAGAAACACACACACACACGCGCACGCACCACGCGUAUGCUAACAUUGUUUCGCUGACGAUAAAAGUAAAAUUUUGUUUUUCUUUAAUUGAAUCAUACUUUUAAAACAUAACAUACACAACAUGCGCAUAAACCCAUACAUACACGAUGAAAUGUUGCCAUAAAUUAAGAGAUCGACGUGGCGAAAAGGAAUUUUCUUGCAAACAACUCACUCAAGUGUUGGCUUUAAUAGCAUAAUUUUUUCUAAACCUAACAACCAGGACGAAAGGGACACACACAAAAAUGAGGCGAAAACUGCGUAACACUAAGCUAUUUAUUUAAAAUUCAGAGUGCUGUUGUAUUUUAAGCUCAGACUGGUGCUGAAAUGAACGCCGCUCUGGCGUAGCCUCACGAAAAUACGCGCAUAGAAAUCAUAUCGAAUUGCAAAACAAAAGAAUAGUAACAAUUUUUCACUUUCAUACCUGUAAACAUAUGGCAUUUGUAUGUACGAGUAUGUGAAAAAUCAAAUCUUUAGUGUAUUUCAGACGAAAGUUUAUUUAUUUUUUGCGCCAGUUUGCAAUUUAACGCCAACAAAUCAAGCAAAUGUUUUAGCUAUUGUAUUUUGCGGCAUAUCGAAUGACUUUUUUGGCCUAAGCUUAAAAGCUUUAAAUGCUGCUGGAGAUUUUGUAUAGGCACAAGUGUAUUGAACAAACUUUUUGUGUAUAUUUUCUAAGCUCAUAAUUCGGAAAAACGUAAU